UCCCGUUGAGGACCCGCAGCCCCGUCGAGCCGAGCCGAGCCGAGCCGAGCCGGUGAAACCUUCCCACAGGACUAACACGGUUGACCAGGAGGCUGCUUCCGAGCCCAGAGGAGACUUGUCUGCGUCAGCCGCUCAUCCAUCCCGCCGCCAUGAACAUCUUCCGACUGACCGGGGACCUCUCUCAUCUGGCUGCCAUCAUCAUCCUGCUGCUGAAGAUCUGGAAGAGCAGGUCCUGUGCAGGUAUCUCUGGAAAGAGCCAGAUCCUGUUUGCCAUCGUGUUCACUGCACGCUACCUGGAUCUGCUCACCUCCUUCAUCUCCCUCUACAACACAUGCAUGAAGGUGAUCUACAUCGGUUGUUCGUGUGCCACCGUCUAUCUGAUCUACGCGAAAUUCAGGGCUACCUAUGAUGGCAACCAUGACAGUUUCCGGGUGGAGUUCCUGGUAGUUCCUGUAGGAGGCCUCGCUGUUCUCAUCAACCAUGACUUCUCUUUCCUCGAGAUCCUUUGGACGUUCUCCAUCUACCUGGAGUCUGUGGCAAUCCUGCCUCAGCUCUUCAUGAUCAGCAAGACUGGCGAGGCGGAGACAAUCACCACCCACUACCUGUUCUGCCUCGGCAUGUAUCGCGCCCUCUACCUCUUCAACUGGAUCUGGCGUUUCUAUUUUGAGGGCUUCUUUGACAUGAUUGCCAUUGUGUCGGGCGUGGUCCAGACUAUCCUCUACUGUGACUUCUUCUACCUUUAUGUCACCAAAGUGUUGAAAGGCAAGAAGCUGAGUCUGCCUGCAUAAAACCUGGAGAAGGAGACAGCGACUCCCAGCAGACUCAGGGGGUGGGGAGAUGACAUCGUGGGAUCUCAUGACCUAUAGCAAAGGAUGCCUGGGACAGAGAGCAACUAACGGGGAAAAACACUAGUCUUCUUGAUGAUUGCUGAUUGAACUGGUAAAUGCCAACAAACACCAGAGCUGAACAAAGACCAUCCCGAAUCAACAUCUGGAUUUCUGUGUUCAGCAUCUUGCCUUAAACUUCUUUUCAUUGCUCUUCAAAUAGGAGAAAGGCUUCUUUUUGUUUUUAAAUGCGAGGUGUAUACGCUUUUUUCUGUAUUUCUUAUUUUUAUAAUGUCACAAAUGGAGUCAUGUCUGAGAAGUACCUUGUUUGACUUGGUAAUGAAAUGCACAAAUGUACAGUCUUAUUAAAGAGAGAGAUAAAGAGUAAUGUAUCUGAGUGCCUGAUGAGGAUUAAACCCAUUUUCUCACAGUAUUCUUUUUUCUACAUUAGGAUCGUUUAUUUUUUAUCUCCAUUAUGUUUGACAUAUCCUGUAACGCACUCUUUUGUCAACAUUUAAGAGGCCAACACAUCACACACAAAAUAUUGCCAUUUAAUAUUUCUCAAAAUACUUAAAAAAGAUUUUUCUCUCACUUUUUGUAUUUACAGCUCAUUCACUUUAAGAUGUAAACUGUAAAAUACUUUACUUAAGUGCCAGCAGACUUUUAGUCAUCAGUGUCAGUAAUUUCAAACGUGGGUAUCUCCUUUGGAUGAAACUCCUCAUGUCUUCUUGUUUUUUCUACAGCUUGCUGUUUUAAAGAAGCCACCAUUCAAUUUAGUUGCUCUGCAGCUUCAAUAUAGAUUUCAUUAAGAGCAAUGCUUUUUGGAUGUAGAGAUAGCACAAACUUUGUUUCUGUCAUUAUUGCACUCCAGUAACCAACCCACCAACACCAGCGACGUGUCAGAGAUGAAUGACUGAAGAUCGAGUGCACGCAUCAUUCAGGGCUGAGAAGGAUCCUCCAGCUCUUCGACUGGUUGGGACUUCUCAUUUAUUAUGUCUGAAGUGUGACAGUUCAACAGAUCUGACAUUGUUCUGCUCAGUAAUUUGAAUAAGGGUUGUCAUGCUGUUCAAUGAAUGCAUUUAUUGUGAAUUUAAAGGCCUAACCUUUUAAAAUUGCCAUUCCUCAAAGAUUAUUUCAACUUUUUGUCACUUUUUUUGCAUAAUAUCACCUCAAUUAAAGAUUUUAUGAGAAUCGCC